AUGAAACCUUCAGAUGUUUCUAUAAUGAAACCUGAAUUAAAAAUGAAAUUAAAUAAUAAAUCAAUUAAAUAUUAUUUGAAAUUUAUUAUUAAAGGUGAUAGAAAUACAGGCAAAACAUCAUUAUUUAAUAGACUUCAAGGAUUACCAUUUAAAGAAUUAUAUACACCAACACCAGAAAUACAAAUAUCACAUAUUAAUUGGGAUUAUAAAAACACAGAUGAUAUUGUAGAUGUUGAAAUUUGGGAUAUAGUAGAUGUUGCAAACACUAAUAGUAGUAGUAGUAAUAAAACAUCAACCACAUUAAAAACAUCAAAUAAAUCACAACAAAGAUCAAAUAAUAAUAAUAAUGAUAAUGAUAAUGAAAAAAUUGAUGAAUCAUUUUUUGAUGAUGAUGAUGAUGAUGAUGAUAAUAAUAAUAAUGAAGAUAUAUUCGAUCCAAAAUUAUUAACAGAUAUGAAUAAAUUUAAAGGUAAAGGUAGUUUUAAAAUUGGUGGAUUAGAUUCAAAAACCAUUAAUGUAUAUAAAAAUGUUAAUGCUGUAAUAUUUAUGAUGGAUCCAUCAAAGCGAUGGACAUUCAAAUAUAUUGAAAAGGAGUUUAAUAAAGUACCAAUUGAUAAAUUCAUUUUAAUAAUUUCAAACUUUCGUGAUAGAAAUCCAAUUGGAAUUUAUAAUAAUAUUCAAGAUAAGAAUUCGAUUGUAACUUAUGCUGAUAUAGAUACAUUAAUCAAUUCAAGGGAUAAUGUCACCCAUAUUGAAGCUUCAAUGUUAAAUGCAUAUGGUUUACAAAACAUCGUUAGAUUCUUUAAUAUACCAUUCCUAGAGAUUCAAAGAAAAUCACUAAUACAACAAUUGGAAAGAAAUAAAAUUGAAUUACAAUCUUCAAAAGAUGAAUUAUCAAUAAUGUUAAAAGAAUCUGAUUAUAAUAAUCAUAUUAAGAGAAUUACACAACAAAAACAACAACCACCACAACAAAUACAGCAACCACAUCAACCAUUACCACAACCAAUACCAUUACCACAACCAAUACCAUCACAACUAACUCCAACACCUGCACAAGUAUCACCAACACCAAAACCAAAUUCAUCAUCACCACCACAACAACCACAACCAAGUACUUCUUCAUCAGGUUCUUUCUUUUCAAGAUUAUUUUCAAAAUCUGAACCAAAUUUGUCAACUUCACAACAAAUACAACAGCAACAACAACAACAACAACAACAAGAACAACAACAGCAGCAGCAAAAACAAAUACAACAAAAUAAAUCAGUAGUUGCAGCAAUGCCAAAAGUAUUAUCAAGUGUUGAUGAAUUUGUUGCAGGUGGAUAUGAUGAUGAUGAUUUCUAUGGUGAAAAAACUUCAAAAACUACUUUCUUAAAGAAUAUUAUUACUGGUGGAAAUAAACAACAACAACAAUUUAAUGAUAAAUUUGGAAGUGAUGAUGACGAUGAUGAUGGUGAUAAUAAUCCUUGGGUUUCAAAAGAAGAAGAUGAUUUCUAUUCAGCUAAAACUCCAACAAAAUCACAAAAGAAACAACAAACUACACAACAAAAACCGCCACCAACAACUCAAAAACAAUCACAAAAAAUUACUUCCACUACAUCAUCACAACCACAACCAUCAAUAGCAAAAAUUGCCACAUCUCCAUCUACAACCUCUACACAACAAAAACCAUCAUCAAAUUCAAGUCAAUCCUCACCAUCACAAUCUAAACCAAAAGAUGAUGAUAAAAAGGUUACUUCAACACCACCACCACCAUCGACAUCAAAAGCAACGGCAACAAUAAAUAGUAAUAAAAAAUCAUCAGUAAAUACAUCAACUUUAGAUGAUUUUAAUCCGUUUGGCAAUAGUGAAGUUAAAUUUGAUGAUGAUGAUGAUGAUGAUGAUGCCUUUAAAAAUAAUAGUUUUGUAAAUAAUAGUAAUAAUAAUAAUAAAAAACCAUCAAAUAUUAAAUUUAAUGAUGAUUCUGAUGAAGAUGAUUUUAACCCUUUAGUUGCAAAAGAUAUUGAUUACGAUGAAGAAAUUAAAAAACCUGUAACAAAGAAAUCACCACCAAUUAAAUCUUCUUCUCCCUCACCAAAAUUAUCAUAUUCACCAACUUCAACUCAAACAACAUCAUCAUUAUCACCAAAACCGUCAUCAUCACCAAAAAUGAAUUCAAUUCCUUUAUCAUCUUCACCAAAAAUUACUCCAAUGUCACCAAACUCUUCUUCUUCUUCUUCACCAAAGAUGAACCCAAUUCCUUUAUCAUCUUCACCAAAAAUUAAUACAACUACAACAAUAAUGCCACCAAUUGUAAAAAAGCAAACAACAGAAAUUUCAAAACCAAAAUCUAAACCAGUUAAAUUUAAAGAUGAAGAAUCAGAUGAUGAUAGUUUUAAUCCACAUGUUAAAAAAAAUAUAGAUAGUUCAGAUGAUGAUGAUGAUGAUAAUAUUCCAAUUUCAAAACCAAAAUCACCAUCAAUUAAUUCAAAAUCUCAACCAAUACCACCAUCUUCAACCAUUAAAUUUAAUGACAAUGAUGAUGAUGACAACGAACCAAAUGCACUCGUAACAAAAGAUGAAGAUUAUGAAGAUUUCUUUUAA